UUUGUACAAUGAAACAAAUUUAAAGCUAGAUUCAUUCACUCGCCCCAAUUUUACCCUGAUACUCUAGCUCCCGUUUUUCCCCUCUCUCUCUCUCUCUCUUCCUACUUCACUCGAUACCUCAUUGCUCCCUCCGACUGCAUCUCCGAUCUGCAACACUACAACAACCCCUUCGCCACCAGCCGACCACCGCCUCCUCCAAUAGACGCCGCCGGAAGCGCCGUCCUCUAGCUCCCUAAAAGUCGUCGACAACAGCUCUCAGUGAAAGAACAUAUACAAAUCACGACCUCUGAUCACUGUUUUCCCCAUUGAUUUAUGAUCGGUAAAUGUUCUUAGCUGCAACUCUGAGCUUAAAACCAGACGAUGAAGAAGGAAAAAUCAGUGUUAAUUGCAAGCCCUAGCAGAACUACCGAAGCAAAUUCAUCUUUUUCAAACAGAGUAUUCCUUCCAGAAGAUGAAGAAUCGGAGAAGCAACAAACUACUAAUGACUUCCCUUUGCCAAUCGCCACUCGUAAUGGUUCCUCCAAAUACGAUUUUGUCAAGGUGAAAGUAUGGUUGGGUGAUAAUGCUGAUCACUACUAUGUCCUCUCUAGAUUUUUGCUUAGCAGAAUGUUGACUGUUACUAAGAUUCCUAAUCAUGUCGCUCUAAAAAUUGCCCUUGAACUCAAGAAGCUGCUCAUAGAUAAUAGCCUUUUGGACGUCUCUCAAUCUGAUCUGGAAGCUAAUUUGUUUAAGCUCAUGGAAAGGCGGGGCUAUGGGCAAGAAUAUAUAAAUCGUUACAAGAUGAUGACAAGAUUUCACCAUCAGCGAGUACCAUUAGUUAUUCUUGUAUGUGGCACAGCAUGUGUUGGAAAGUCAACAAUUGCUACCCAGCUUGGUCAAAGGCUAAACUUGCCAAAUGUUUUACAGACGGAUAUGGUGUAUGAAUUGCUAAGAACAUCAACAGAUGCACCUUUGACAUCUUCACCUAUUUGGGCACGCGACUUUAGUUCAUCAGAGGAGCUAAUUACUGAAUUUUGUAGAGAAUGCAGAAUCGUUCGAAAAGGUUUGGCUGGUGAUUUAAAGAAAGCAAUGAAAGAUGGGAAGCCGAUCAUCAUUGAGGGGAUGCAUGUGGAUCCUAGUAUAUAUUUAAUGGAUGAAGAGAACAAAUCACCACAUAAGGCUUCAAAAACAGAUGAAAAUGACUUAAAAGACACAGAAAAUAAUGCUGAAAUUUCCAAAACAGAAGCAAUUGGAGAAGAGUUGGAUAAAGUUUUGGAUGGGGUCAAAUCUGUCCAUAUUGUUGACCAAGCUGCUGAUGACAAUAAGCCUAUUUUAAGAAGAGAAAAAUCCGGGGUCACUGAACCAGUAAUAAUUCCUAUAGUCCUUAAGAUGGCAGAAUUUGAUCAUAAGGCACUACUAGAAGAGUGGAUAUCUAGCAGAAAAUUCAGUGAUAAGUAUCCAAUCCAGGAAAAAGAUAAAGUGAUUAACAACUUAAAAACCAUUCAAGAUUAUCUGUGCUCAUUCAAGUCACAUGGAUUAACAGUUGCUAAUAUAUCUGCUACAACAUUCCCACAAACUCUUGAUUGGCUGCACAAUCAUCUCCUUCAGUGUAUUGAGCAAGGUAUAUCGGCCGCCUCAAAAGGAAGCAGUAAUCAGACAACAGGUGGAAGUUAAGAGUACAGAUUAAUAAAUAUCUUGAAAAGUAGUUUGUUUUGUUUAAUGGAAUGGACGAUUCCUGCAAUGGGCAGAAUGUGAUUCCUUUCAUUGUGUAUAUUGACUUUUUUCAUAAGUAUAAAAAUGUUUUGUAGCAUUAACUUCA